CUCGGGGCAGGGGUCAUGGCAACAUUCUGAGGUUUCGAAAUCGACAGCGUCACAAAAUAUAUCUUCCCAAUUCCGUACACCUACCCAACCAUGCCGGCAGCAGUGACGGCAGGCCAGGAAAACAAAGGAUAUCAGCUAGACGGGCGCACAUCAAGACCAGCAUAUUUACCAGAACAGAAGGGAGUCACGGAUCAUAUCUGCCUGGGCCGCGCAGCUGGGACACAGGGGUCUGCAGAGUCCGGGUUUCCAUCUCCUUGACGGGCUUUAGACUGGUGAGAACAUGUCGAUGGAAUGUUUUGACCUACCAAGGUUCGAAAUGCGAAAGCUUAAUCUCGAGCCGUGCCAGCAACAACUCAGCGUUCACGCGCUAACAGGCGACCGGACGGAGGAGACGGCGAGAGUCCCGGCCGUAGUUGAAGAGAGUUUGACAGCGAGCUCCCAACGGCCUGCCGUUGCGAACGAACCGAACUUGGCCGUUCAUGCACACCCGAGGUGUUCUAGCCUCCAUACCAUGGGCACGCCAUCUCUAGUAUCAGGAGAUACAAUACGCCCAGGCCAGAAAUAUGAGAGGCAAAUAAGCUUUGCCUCUUUCGAGUGGAAGAGACAGCAUGCCACCUGCUCUCGUCCUAUCCCUCGAAAGGCAAUCGAGCGUCAACCCCCGUACCCGUCUAGCCAGGACAGGAGCAUCUCGUGCGUUUGGGGAGCCAGAGCCAGGCCACAUAUGCACAUCAUGGAGCCCGCUGGGUUAAAGUUUGUAGCGUGCAUCUACAGGUUCCUGUCGAUACUAGGGGUCGCUGCUGUCAUAGCUGGCACAUCCUUUUCUCAUGGCCGUAUUGGCGUCCUUGUCGGCUUUCCGUUCCGCAAUUCUAGUCCCCAAAGCAUCUGCCACUACUGCUGCCAGUGCCCAGGAGACAGCCUCGACGGUCUUGUCGAAGCUUGUCGGGAUCUUGGGCUCAGAACAUCUCGCCAUACCCCUGCCCUGCGGCCGUACCGCCCCCUGGAACGCUCUCGGCCCUCGACUUCGAAAGUUAAGGCCCCGCCCUGUCUGUUCAUGGAUUGUAGGGCCGUAUUCUCUAGGUUGAUGUUAUACUUGAGCCCAGUCUGGCUGCUUUGGAGAUAUAAGCCGGAAAGAUCUCAUUCUAGUUGCUUGUCAUUCGCGACUUGUGCUUUAACCACAGAUUUCACCGUCACUCAUCGGGAUUCGCAUUCGAGUCGAGUUGGACACCCCCAUACAGAGAGACCUUGCUGCAAUGGAACCGCCAGUUGAGGCCCAGAGCCCGGCGAUGCUCGAGACUCAGAACCCA